GUUGCAUUUGAGAGUAAAUGUGCAUGCACAUGUAACAUUGGUGCUUUUUUUGUAAACUUUUGAAUAUUUAUGAGCCACAUAUUGAUUUCUUCAAAAAAAAAAAUUCACCGUGCUCUGAAAAGUUAAUUGUAUCAGUUGAUUGCUUGUUCUUCCAUAUUUGGAAUUUCUCAAAAGCUUACAAGCUUACAGUUGAGGUUGCAUUGCUACCAUGGAUUCCAUGAGAGGUCAUGAAGGGAUUCAGAUGCUACUAACUGCAGAACAGGAGGCCCAACAAAUUGUUACUGCUGCUAGAAACUUGAAGACAACAAGGUUAAGGCAAGCUAAAGAAGAAGCCGAGAAAGAUGCUGGCCAUUAUCGCUCCAACCUGGAAUCUGAGUACCAAAAGAGAGUUGGUGAGACAAGUGGGAACUCUGGCUUCACCGCGGAACGGCUUGAAGAGGAAACUGACGUAAAGAUUCGAAACCUGAAGAAGUCAGCCUCUAAGGUCCAGUCAGAUAUUGUUGACAUGCUCAUCAAGUACACCACAGCCGCAAAGUAUUGAUGCUUGAAGGUUACUGUGGAGCUUUAAUUGUGAUUUUCACAGCCCACAGGUUAAGAGAGAAUUAGAAGAGUAGCCUGCAGCAAAGAAGAAGCAUAGCUGGCCAACUAUAUCUAAUAAGAGUUGCUCUUCUUUUAUUUUCAGUUUUCCAUUUAAGCAUGUUUUUGGUCAUCACCAAUGUCAUUUGAGGAAUAAUUAUUUUGAAUGUUUUGAUGUUCUUUCUAAAUGAAUCUGGAUGCGGAAAUCAGUCUGUAA